AUGAGCAAUAGGAGCAUGGAGGAGACUGGUGGGAGCUUGUCUGAAGCUGUUCUUUGUGCAAAGACUUUGGAGCUCAGUAAUGAACCUGAAAUUCCGGUGCCAGAACCAUCUACAGAUGAAAUGUUUAACGAUCCAUCACACAACUCGAAAAAAAGAACUUGGAUCUCCGGAGAUGUCCAAAAGAACAAGAGGACUAUGAAGCCAAAGAAGAACCAGACACCUAACUUAACUCAUAACAAUGAUGAAGAAAUCAGUGCUGUGCUUUACAGGCAGAGCUCUAGCAACAACUGCGAUGGAGGACUGAUUUUAAGGUCAAGAUCAAAAGGGGCUGCUGCUUUCAACUUAAAUGGCAAGAAACGCGCCAUCAAGGGUUCAGCUACCGAUCCUCAGAGCCUCUACGCAAGGAGAAGAAGAGAGAGAAUAAACAAGCGAUUGAGGGUUCUACAAAACCUUGUCCCUAAUGGAACAAAGGUUGAUAUAAGCACAAUGCUUGAAGAGGCAGUCCAGUAUGUGAAGUUUUUGCAACUUCAAAUCAAGGCAAGAAACUCAAGUUCAGUACAUUUUGAGUCAAAAAUACAGAGUUUUUGA